AUGUCCAGGCGUCAAGAAAUUAUUCGAAACCUUACAAAUAUUAGACAACGUAUCGAAGCAAUAGUUGAAGGAAAAUAUGAGGCACGAUUAGUUGCAGUUAGUAAAUUUAGAGACAAAACUGACAUCCGUAUAGCUUAUGAAGGUGGACAACGACAUUUUGGAGAGAAUUAUGUACAAGAAUUAGUUGAAAAGAGCAAAGAGCUUCCUUUGGAUAUUCAAUGGCACUUCAUUGGUCCAUUGCAAAGUAAUAAAUGUAAAAUGCUUGCUG